GAUGAAUGACCAGGCAGAAUUUUAAUGAAUUGAUCGACUCGGAUAUAAAAUCAGGAUCUAACUCUUUGUAGUCUCAAACACAUUCGGCUUCUUCAGCUGGUAAGAGACUGCAAUUCACCUCUCAUCAACCAACCAGCAAGAUGAAAAUCACCAUCCUUUGUUUGUUGAUUGUGGCGGCGAUGGUCGCCUCGGCGCCAGUAAACGAACACGAAAGUCACUCGUCAGAGAAGCACGAUGACAAACCUGCGCACCACGAAGAACCAGCCCAUGCUGCUGAGCAUCACGCUGCUAGACGGUCUGCCGAAGACCAUUCAGGUGAGAAACACGACGCAACUGCCGCACACAAUGCCCCCCACCACGAAGAGCCAGCCAGUCACGCCGCUGAGCAUCACGCAGCCCGACGAUCCACCGUAGAACAUUCCGCCGAAAAGCACGAAGACAAGGAAGGAAAGGCUCCGCAUGAAGAAUCAGCUCAUCACGCCGCAGAGCAUCACGCCGCUAGACGAUCAACCGAACAACAUUCUGCCGAGAAACACGAAGACAAGGAAGCAAAGGCUCCGCAUCAUGAGGAAUCAGCUCAUGCUGCAGAACAUCACGCCGCUAAACGAUCCGCCGAAGAACACUCUGCCGAGAAGCACGAAGAAAAGGCUCCGCAUGAAGAACCAGCUCACCACGCAGCAGAGCAUCACGCAGCCCGACGAUCGGCCGAAGAACACUCGGCCGAAGCACACUCUACUGAGGAACACUCUGCCGAGAAACACGAAAGCAAAGAAACAAAGGCUCCUCAUCAUGCUGCCCGCCGUUCCGCCGAAAAGCACGAAGAGAAAACUGAAAAACCCCAUGAGAAAGAGGAGAAUGCUCGACCAACUCGAUCAGUUGAAGCUCCGGCCAAAGCCGCAACCCAUGAAGAGCAUGCAUCCAUUGAUAAUUCGGGAGAACACCAUGCCGAGGAACACAAACCUGAACCAGCUGCACAUCACUCAGCUUAACACCACGCCUAAAGGAUAGAAUAUAAGUAAGAUUUCCAUCAAUAGAUCAAAAUUUUCCUUUCCUAGCCAAUUUAAUAAUUAGCGACGAAAAUUAUUUCUGUUCUUUUUCUUCCUGGCUAACUUAACUUAAAAUCUUUGUAAAGAUUCUGUGCUAUAUUUCUUCGUUUGGAUCUUAUUUUGCUGUAGUGUCACGAUCGAGAUUGUAUAAACUAAAAUCGUGGUGAGGGGAAAUACAUUAUGUGUCAUAGAUA